GAUAUUGAUGCCGAUCAUGAGGAGCCCAGCGAUCCGGAGGCUCGCCUAGAAGAAGGGGAUAGAAUCUUCAUUUUAGACCAUGAAACGUACUUCGCGACGGGAACAACACACAUUCGCACCACAGCCACUGAUCUAGCGAUCAAAGAAAGCCUGAAACACGAAGCCAAGACCUUUGAAAAUACUGUCCCGAGUCACUAUCACGACUACUCCGACGUAUUUAGCAAAGAAGACUUUGAUUCUUUACCGCAAAGACGACCGUGGGACCAUGCGAUCGAACUUACAUCAGGCACGCAACCAAUCAGUUGCAAAGUUUACCCUAUUUCUGUAAACGAACAAAAAGAACUUGAUGAGUUCAUAGAAGAGAACCUCCGAACCGGGAGAAUCAGACCAUCGAAAUCUCCGUGGGCUUCUCCUUUCUUCUUCGUAAAGAAAAAAGAUGGACGACUUCGACCCGUACAAGACUAUCGAAAGCUGAACGAGCUAACGAUAAAAAACCGCUACCCACUUCCUUUGAUACAGGAACUAGUAGACAAGUUGAAGCAGGCGCGGUACUUUACGAAACUAGACGUCCGAUGGGGAUACAACAACAUCCGCAUCAAAGAAGGAGACGAAGAGAAGGCAGCAUUCCUAACAAAUCGAGGACUAUUCGAACCGCUUGUCAUGUUCUUUGGUCUCACCAAUUCACCGGCUACAUUCCAAACCAUGAUGAACGACAUAUUCCGAGAUCUCAUUAGUCAAGGACACGUAGUAGUCUAUCUAGACGACAUCAUGAUCUUUACUCAAGAUUUAAAAGAACACCGUUGGAUCACGCGGCAAGUUCUUCAGAUCUUAAGGGAACAUAAACUUUAUCUGAAACCGGAAAAGUGCGAAUUCGAGAAAGCAGAAAUAGAAUACCUCGGGAUGAUAGUGGGAAAAGGAGUUGUUCGCAUGGAUCCCGUCAUGAUAGAAGGAGUUGUCAAUUGGCCACGGCCCGAAAGUAAACGAGACAUUCAGGCAUUCCUCGGAUUUACCAACUUUUACCGAAGAUUCAUCCGAGAUUACGGCAAAAUAGCAAAGCCACUCAGUUCACUAACGGGCAAUGCUACUUUCGAAUCGACCGUCGAACAAGAAGUAGCUUUUACAAGCUUAAAGGACGCCCUCUGUACAGCACCAGUACUAGCCAUACCUAAUGACAACGACCCAUAUCAAGUAGAAUGCGACGCCUCGGACUUCGCCAUAGGAGCGGAAUUAGCCCAGAAGCAAGAUGGCAAAUGGAAGCCUGUUGCCUAUCUGUCAAAAGCCAUGACAGCUGCCGAAAGGAAUUAUGAGAUUUACGAUAAGGAACUUCUCGCAAUCAUGACUAGUCUUGAUGAAUGGCGUCAGUACCUUAUGGGCGCCAUACAUCCGUUUGAAAUAUGGACGGAUCACAAGAAUCUAGAAUACUUCCGGAAGCCGCAGAAGCUCAACCAAGGACAAGCCCGAUGGGUAACCGAGCUAGCGGAAUAUCAAUACUCGUUACAUCACAAGCCCAGUAAAUCUAAUGGCAAAGCCGACGGACUAUCUCGCCAAAAAAGGCACAAUGCAGGAAAAGAGGACAAUUCCGAUAUCAUAUUACUGAAACCAGAACAUUUCCGUGCCUUGAUUCGUAGUACUGUAUUUAGUUUAGAAGGAAUCGACCAGGACUGGGUCGCAGAAAUUAAAAACACAAAAAGAACCAAGAUUCCUCUACAGAACAAGGACAAAGACUGGAACGAAGAUAGUACCGGACUCGUGACAUGGAAGAAUCGUAUUUACGUACCAGUAAAUAGAAAACUCCGUGAGCAAAUCAUUGCUCAUCACCACGAUACCCCAUUGGCUGGACAUCCUGGUCAAUACAAGACACAUGAGAUGGUCACACGUAACUACUGGUGGCCCCGAAUUCGAGAAGAUAUCAGGAAAUAUGUGGCUGGAUGCGAGAAAUGCCAGAAGACCAAGGUUCAUACAACGCGCCCUACCGGACUUCUAUUCCCCAAUGAAAUUCCUUCACGACCCUGGGAAGUAAUCUCCGUUGACAAGAUAGGCGUAUUGCCGGACUCUUUCGGAUACAACGCCAUCCUCGUAGUCGUCUGCAUGUACUCUAAGCAGAUAAUCGCGAUACCGAGCACCAUUGAGCUUAACGCCGAAGGAUGGGCAAAGGCACUCCGAGAUAACGUAGUCACACAUCAUGGAUUACCCCGAAAGAUCAUCAGCGAUAGGGGAACUGAAUUCAAGAAUCAGUUCAUCUCUGAGUUGUACCGAUCACUCGGAAUCGAAGCCAACCCUUCAACCGCGUAUCACCCUCAGACAGACGGACAAACGGAACGCAUCAAUCGCGAGAUAGAACAGUAUCUCCGAUUAUUCAUCAACUACCGACAAGCGGAUUGGGCCGAAUGGUUGCCGCUCGCAACCUUUUUGUAUAACAAUAAAGUCCACUCAUCCACCGGGUAUACUCCGUUCUUCGUCAAUAAAGGGUAUCAUCCUUACGAAGGAAUCCAACCGGUGCGAGAAGGACUAAGCAAAAAUGUCCAACAGUUUGUCGAUAGAAUGGAUCGCGUACGCGAGGACACUAGCGCCGCUAUCAGUCUAGCGCAGGAGACGAUGAAACGCUUCUACGACCGAAAGAGGAAGAACGGACCAGAGUACAAAGAGGGGGAUAAAGUUUGGCUAGAA